GUACACAUUAUUUUAUUGGACUGAAUCUACCUGAAUGAUUCAAUCUCCUUGUUAUGUGCCUACUACACUUAUAGUAAUGUUCUUUGGAAAAGGAAAUCCCCCUGACACCACCAGUAUUGUUCCAACAACAGAGAAAAUCUCAAAUCAAACUCUUACCGAUGGAGGGGGAUCUGAAAAUAAGUUCGAAACUUUUGUAGAACAUGAAAUAGGUGGCAUUGUUGGUUUGAUUUUCGGACUGCUGUUCUCAGCUGCUCUGAUUCUGGCUGCAUGGAUAACUUACCGACGACAUAGAGCAAGAAACGAGGAAUAUCGGCGAGAUAUGGAGGUGUUCUUGAAGUCGAAGAGAAAUGCUGGGGUGUAUAGGGACACCACGGUCGACACUCCGCCCAUAGUAAGACACAAGGACGCGGUGUAUGACUCGUUACGAGAACAAGGAAAUCUAUACGAACACGACUCCGAGGAGGAAUUUUGACGAGUUGACAUUAAUCAAUACUCAAUAUAAUUAAGGUUGUAAAGUUAUUUUGUGCAAAAACAAAUUUAUGUAAUUUCUGAGAUGUAUGUAAAUAUUUUGUUUUAAAUACUCGGUACAAAUUAAUUUAAACUUUUUACGAGACAAAGAUCGAAGCCUUUAAGGCAGUGAGAAUGCGGAGCACAUACAUACACCCUCGCACAUCAAUUUUCAUUGUUUAUAUCAAAAGAAUACUUGAAGUUUGACUGGCUAUAUUUAAUGUUAUUAAUCAUGUAAUCUCACAA